GCAGAUUUAGCGGAAGGAGAGGAGGCAGAGGCUGGGGAUGGGAGCAGUGAGCUGUCGUCAGGGGCAACACACCCGAGUAUCUGCUCCUCAGAAGGGUGGCAACAUCCAGGGUCCCUGGGCCCGAGGCUGGAAGAGCCUCUUCUGUGGUAUAGGGGCCAUCAGGUCAGGAGUGGAAGAACUAAGGGGACUACAGAGGCAUCAGUGCCUACAUCAGGAGCCCCUCCAGCCAGCCCCACUGCAACUAGAGAAGCCUCUGUCUGAGUGGCCAGUGCCUCAGUUCAUCAGCCUCUUCCUACCAGAGUAUCCCAUGAGGCCUGUUAGGGGGCAGCAGACGCUGCAGAUUUUAGGCCUUGUGGCUAAAGGGUCUUUUGGAACUGUCCUGAAAGUAUUAGAUUGUGCCCAAAAAGCUGUAUUUGCUGUGAAGGUGGUGCCCAAAGUAAAAGUCCUACAGAGGGAUACCCUGAGGCAGUGCAAAGAGGAGGUUAGCAUCCAGCGACAGAUCAACCAUCCUUUUGUACACAGCUUGGGGGACAGCUGGCAGGGGAAGCGACACCUCUUCAUUAUGUGUAGCUACUGCAGCAUGGAUCUCUACUCCCUGUGGUCUGCUGUUGGUGGUUUUCCAGAAGCUUCUAUCCGUCUCUUUGCUGCUGAACUGGUCCUUGUGCUGUGCUAUCUCCAUGACUUGGGUAUCAUCCAUCGGGAUGUAAAGAUGGAGAAUAUCCUUCUGGAUGAGCGAGGCCACCUGAAACUGACAGACUUUGGUCUGUCUCGUCGUCUGUCCCAGGGAGCACGAGCCUACACUAUCUGUGGCACUCUUCAGUACAUGGCCCCAGAGGUCCUAAGUGGUGGGCCUUACAACCACACUGCUGACUGGUGGUCCCUGGGAGUGUUGCUUUUCUGUCUGGCAACUGGCAAGUUCCCAGUGGCUGCAGAGAGAGAUCAUGUGGCCAUGUUGGCAAGUGUGACCCACUGUAAAUCAGAGAUGCCAGCUUCUGCCACUCAGGAGUUCUCACUCCUGCUCCAUGAGCUCUUAUGCCAGAAUCCUCUGUACCGCCUACGUCAUCUGCAUCACUUCCAGGGCCACCCUUUCUUUCGGGGUGUGGCCUUUGACCCUGAGCUCCUAAAGAAGCAGCCAGUGGAUCUUGUCAUGGAGACACAAAAUACCAGUCCAUUGGAGUCCAUGCCCUUCAAGGACUUUGACUGUGAUCUGGAGUCCUUGGUCCACACCAUCUCCGCUGAUUCUCUACUGUAGCUUGGGGGCCAGCUGGAAACCUGAGGAUUUUUACUACCAACUCAGUAUGACCACCUUGAGGAUCCAGUUUUUUCUUUGUUGUCCCUUACUAUUCUAUUGUAGGUAUUGGGCCAGAGUUUAGAUCUUAGGCAUUCUGCAGCUGAUAGCCAAAACUGUCCUUAAUGCUUUCCUAUCAUACAGCCCACCUCUCAAUCGCAGGCCAAGGCGGUGACCUUUAUUUCACUUCUCCAGUACUUUCCUUAAGCUGCCAAACAAAGGCUUCUUAAACUUUACCAUCUAUAUGUUUUUCUGCGAUACUUCCUUUCUUGGGCAAUAAUGACACUUUGUGAGAUCCCGAGGUGCUAAUUAUAUGUUUAACAAACUAGUCAGAAGCAACGUGAAUGUUUUUUACAGAUUGCAAAAACUGGCAUUUCAACACCUGAAUAAAUUUGCAGUUAAAAAUAUGACCUGCCAGGUGGUGGUG